CACUUGCGAGGUGGAUGCACGGAACUGGAGCAGAAGCUUCUGGGUCUACGAGACACGGUUUCAGAAGGGGAGAAAUUCUCAACUCUUUUCUGAAUUCUCCACUUUCUAGGGUUUCGUUUCAGCAAUCAUCCUCACUCCGCUACCGCUAUGUCUUCUCCCGCUGAGUGGUACAACACACUUCCACCCAUAAGCAAGGCUUAUGGCACCGCUUGCCUUGCCGCUACCGCAGCUUACCAACUUGGGUUGUAUCAACCGGUUCACAUUGCACUGUUAUACCCACAAGUUUUCUAUGGUUUUCAGGUUUGGAGGCUGUUCACAAACUUCUUUUUCCUUGGACCAUUCUCUAUCAACUUUGGGAUCCGUCUCUUAAUGAUAGCAAGGUAUGGUGUCCAACUUGAGAAGGGACCAUUUGAUAGACGGACCGCUGAUUUCUUGUGGAUGAUGAUAUUUGGAGGCUUCGCACUACUGGUUUUGUCUGCUAUCCCCUUUCUUUGGACCCCAUUUUUGGCAAUAUCUGUUGUUUUUAUGCUCCUUUAUAUUUGGAGUAGAGAAUUUCCAAUUGCUCAAAUCAACAUAUAUGGACUUGUUUCACUUAAGGCCUUCUAUCUACCAUGGGCGAUGCUUGCUUUGGAUGUCAUUUUUGGUUCACCUAUUAUACCUGAUCUGUUAGGUAUCAUUGCAGGACAUCUUUACUACUUCUUGACAGUGUUGCAUCCACUAGCAGGUGGAAAAAACAUUUUGAAGACUCCAAUGUGGGUACAUAAAUUGGUUGCAAGGUGGAGAAUUGGAGCCCCAGCUGUUGUUAGCCGUGCCCAGCCUGUUAAUAACGCUCGGCAAGAGAGCAGUUCAGGAGUUUUCCGAGGAAGAUCCUAUCGUUUGAAUGAAUAGAUGCAAUAAAUGGAAAGGGGUGGAUUUUCCUGACAAGCUGCUCAUCUUGUUGGUUGGUGACUUGACACCACUACUAACACUUGGAGUUAAUCAUCCGUUGUGAAUUUGAAUGGAAGUUGUGUAUGGAACUUGACUGUUCAUUGAAAGCACACUUUCUUUUGGGGUGCCUUAUAAUUUUCAGUUUCCUUUUUUAGGAAUUUAUACUUGUAACAAAGAGUUGGACAAAGUUCAUGAAUUGAAGUAGUUGUCAAAUUUUCAUCCUGAA